CUAUACAAUAGCUUAAAACUUAAAAAAAAUGCACGACGAUUCUGCAAUUAGUACAUACGCGAUCACGACCAAAGUUUAGAUUCUAAUACCCAGGCGUUUGUGAUAAAAUCUAACGAUAUUAUUCCAAAUCGUCCAUUGUGAAAGCUCCCCGCUGAAGCUUGUACGCAACGUAGUAUUAUACUAUACACUUUAAUUGUGUUCGUCCAUCCAUCAAAGUCACACAGUCUUCAAGGUGGCUUACCUAACAUAACAGCCGGCGAGCAAACCACGACAAUGCAAUUUAAACUCUAACGUUCCAAUCAUAAAAUUUAAUUUCGCUUAUGCACGACACUUACAAGAUUAUAUAGCCGAGAUUCAUCUGUAGCGCAUUUGUUUAUAGACACACACCGAGUGUUAACGUUGUUAUUAGUAAAUGAUAUAGAAAAUGAACGCGGGUUAUUGUAUUUUGUUUGUUGUAUCAUGCUCAUUGUUAUUCGUUGACGUUUCAAGUGAUUGUGACCAUUAUAUAGAUUGUUUUACCGAGUUUUUGCACGAGUUUUUCGGAAAUAACAACACUAGAAGUGCUGAGAAGGAAAACUUUAAGAAUGUUACUCAUAAACAGUACGUACUGGAUGGCGAACAAGAAGAUUUGGAUGGAAUAAUAAAAGGUUUAACGGGGGUGAUAAAGAAAAUAGACUUCGGCGUCAAAGAAUCGGAAACUAAGAGGGAGGAAAACGAAAAAACUAAAAUACACGUGAAGAUUUUUGAAUUUAAUGAUGAUAUAGUUAUAGCGGAAGAAGAUACAACUGAAGAUAUUAUCGUUGAGAGCACGAAGGGAGAUGAUAAAUUUAGUGAGACUACGACGGAAAUUAUAAAUUUCUCUGAACUUCUUUUGAAUGAAGCUAACAUGUUACCUGCUGAGACUACACCUCGCAAUCUUAACGUAAUACCAAUACAGAACGACAAAGAAAAUGAAAUAUUGAACAGGGACGACUUUGAUGACAUCUUUGAUGAUCCAGUAGACGAUAAUAGCACGGAUUAUCCAGCGAUAGAUUAUAUAGAAUUGUACAAAGACACGACUAACGAAGAUGUGGAAUAUAUACCAACACAACCGCCUGUACAUUUGGGACAAGAGUUGACACAGAAAGAGAAGGAUAUCGAGCAUCAAAUCGAAGAAUCUUUGAAUCUGAUAGAAGACGACGUGUUGAGAAAUCUUAUCAAGAAUAUCACAAAUAAGACUAUACAAAGCUGCAGCGGUGACAAGAUGGUGCUCUCCGAAGCAGUGUUCCCCUGGGUGGCAGCCAUCUUUGUGAAGAACGACUCUAAAGGAAACCAGUUCGACUACUUCUGCGACGGCGCUUUGAUAUCAAACAAGAUUGUUUUGACAGCUGCAAGGUGCGUGUUCAACGGUACUCAUGCGAUGAAUACAGAAGACUUCCUUAUUAUAUUGGGAAAGACAUCACUGCAAGUCAGCAGCGGCGGAGAGAAAAUAUUGAAGGUUAAAACCAUUAUGCUCCAUGAAAACUUCACAAUAGCAGAAGGCGAAGCUUUGAACGAUCUAGCUUUGUUACUUCUAGAAGAUUCUGUGGAAACUGACAGUGGAAUAGCUGCAGCUUGCUUGAAGAAUGACGAAGGAAUAACAACCGAAGAGGAUGACUUCAAAGAAGCUGUUACUACUGCAUGGGGCUUCUCGGGCGACUUGACACUCAUAUAUUUCGAUAAAGAGAAAAGUAAAGCUUGUGGCCAGGAUAAUAAAGUGGAAAAUACAUUUUGCGCCACUUACCGCAAUGAUGUAGCUCUUUGCCCCAGUUAUGGAGGCGUUUACGCAACGUUAUCAGAUGACAACCAACUUUACCUACGAGGUUUGCGCUCCGGGAAUCCCCUGGACAGGGGAAUCUGCUACUCCAAGGAUGUCACUUAUACUUCCCUGAAGAACUACAGGAAAUGGAUUAAAGAUAUUGUAGAUGAUAAUAAAUGAAUGCAUAAAAACUUAUUUUGUUUUUUGAGGCACUCGCCAAUUCUCGGCU